AUGUCUGAUAUGGAGGCAAAAGCUUCAACGGAGGACUUGGGGGAUAAGAAGGAAGGCGAAUACAUUAAGCUCAAAGUCAUUGGACAGGAUAGCAGUGAGACUCACUUCAAAGUGAAAAUGACAACACAUCUUAAGAAACUUAAAGAAUCAUACUGUCAAAGACUGGGAGUUCCAAUGAAUUCACUCAGGUUUCUCUUUGAAGGUCAGAGAAUUGCUGAUAAUCAUACUCCAAAAGAACUGAGAAUGGAGGAAGAAGAUGUAAUUGAAGUUUAUCAGGAACAAACGGGAUGCUUUGAGCCAGCGCAGAAACCCAAUUUGAUCAACAAUGACAAUUAUUUUAUUGUUCUGAUAUACUAUCGGAAAAUACUCUUACAUUUCCUGGGCACUGAUAUUGCUAACAACAAGGAUGGUGAAGAAAUGGAAGCUGAUUAA